AUGUUCGACGGCUUCGAGACAUUCGAUACCACCACACAGACAUCGCCCGAGGUGACAAUCCAUGGUGUCAAGAGCAAAGGCAAUGGGAGCAGCCUUCCGCCUCUACUUCUCCUGCAUGGCUUCCCACAGACUCACCACAUCUGGGACGCUGUUGCGAGUCGACUGCAAUCGCAGUUCGAGAUAGUUGCCAUUGAUCUUCGCGGAUAUGGACAGUCAUCUGCACCCUCGGAUCUGUCAAGUUAUGCAAAAAGUGCCAUGGCGCGAGAUUGUGUUCAAGUAAUGGAGAAGCUUGGAUUCGAUUCUUUCUUCAUCUGUGCACAUGAUCGAGGAGCAAGAGUCGCGCACAAGUUGUGCGUGGACUAUCCGCAACGAGUGAGGAAGGCGAUUUUCCUGGACAUUUGUCCCACGCUGGCGAUGUACUCGUCGACCAACUUCGAAUUUGCACGGUCCUACUUUCACUGGUUCUUCUUGAUCCAGAAGGAGCCUCUCCCAGAAACCACAAUAUCUCAGAAUCCUAGACGGUUUGCGGAGAUGUUCAUGGGCGGGAGACAAGCCAGUGGACUUGACAUCUUCAAGCCUGAGAGUUUCGACCGGUAUGUCCACAACCUCGGAGAUCCAGCGAUCGUGCAUGCCAUGUGCCAGGAUUACCGAGCAAGCGCGUCUUUGGACAUGGACGAGGCGAGAGAAGACCUCAAGAACAACAGGCUCAUCCAAUGCCCAUUGACGGUCCUCUGGGGUCGUCACGGCGUCAUUGAGAAAUGCUUUGACGCCGUGUCUGAGUGGAAAAAAGUCACAGCAGCAGGUGUUCCUGUCGACGGACGAAGUAUCGACUCGGGCCAUUACAUCCCCGAGCAAUCUCCCGACGAAGUGGUGAGGACAAUCGGGAAGUUCUUCCUGUGA